UGUAUUAUCCUUUAGGUAGGUCCUGGUCCCAACACAGAUUUCCGAAUAAGUAACAUAGACGUGGGGAGAGACUGAUCAAGGGCAACACAAGAAGUUCAGCCCCUGCAAACUUAACUUUUUUGUUAAGAGUUUUUCGAGAAUGAAAUUGGAUUAGACCCAGAGAUGACGUAUCCUGUUUGAUUUCUUUUCCCCUUGCGCUCUGACGAGCUUUAUGUUUAGGCAGGCUUUUGUUUCUGGCUGCGAGUUGCUUUAAAAAAAAAAAUUGGGAGCGUGUCUCGGGGUGUCGAGGGUGACGUGCUUAGCUUGAUUGGCCAGGUUUGGCUCGGUCUGCUUGCGAGUCCUUUGUUCUUCCCACCACCCUCAGGUCAGUUGUGCAACAUGCCCCUACGGUUCAAGAAGGAAAAAAAAAAAAAAGGAGGGGGGGUGGCCGGAAAAAAGUGAAAUGCUGAGUAAUGCCAGAGUUUUCUCAAAUGGCUGAUGCAAACCUGGAGAAUUUGCAUCAUCAUUCAGCUGGAGUAACUUGGUAUGACAAGAGCUUAAAUACAAGUCCACGCGGAAGCUGAGCUGGUUUCCAAUGAUAGGGCAGUACCAGCUCACUGUGUGAAAGCGCAGGUGUUCCUGAGCCAGGCUCCGAUCGCAGGAAGGGCUCACAUACUCUUUAGGAGCUUGUUACCUGUGCGUAGGAGCAGCUGGAAAGAUAAGAGAGGACAGAGGAAGAGACAAAGUAGUUGGCUACACAGAGAGGGGGGGAAAAAAAAGCCUUGAGUUCCUGCUGAAAACUUUUCUGCCUGUGCUUGCCGUCAGUGUGCUGGUGGCACUGUAGCAUGCCUAGGAAAGCUGCUCUGCCCACGGUCUCUAAUGGAAGCUACUUGCAGGGGCAAGCUAAUGGCAGGUUGUCCUCUCUGGACAGCGGACAGCCAGCCCUGGAGGGAAAAGUUGUGCUGAAGAAGAAAGUGACGCUUUUGAGGGGGAUAUCCAUCAUAAUUGGCACUAUCAUUGGAGCUGGCAUCUUCAUCUCUCCCAAAGGCAUCCUGAAGAACACAGGCAGCGUGGGCAUGUCCUUGACUGUCUGGACAGCAUGUGGUAUCCUCUCACUUUUUGGUGCCCUCUGCUAUGCUGAACUAGGAACAUGCAUUAAGAAAUCUGGUGGUCACUACACCUAUAUCCUGGAGGCCUUUGGCCCAUUACCUGCUUUUGUGAGAGUCUGGGUUGAACUACUCAUUAUUCGCCCUGCUGCCACAGCAGUGAUAUCGUUGGCAUUUGGACGUUACAUUUUGGAACCUUUCUUUAUGCAGUGUGAAAUCCCAGAACUUGCGAUUAAACUUAUUACAGCUGUUGGCAUCACACUGGUGAUGGUCCUGAAUAGCACAAGUGUCAGCUGGAGUGCCCGCAUUCAGAUGUUCCUUACCUUUUGCAAGCUUGUAGCAAUUCUGAUAAUUAUAGUCCCUGGAGUUAUCCAGCUAAUUAAAGGAGAAACACAGCACUUUAAAAAUGCCUUUGCGGGGAAUGAUGCCAGUGUUUUGGGACUACCACUUGCUUUUUAUUCAGGAAUGUAUGCCUAUUCAGGCUGGUUUUACCUCAAUUUUGUUACUGAAGAAGUGGAAAACCCUGAAAAAAACAUACCCCUCGCAAUAUGCAUUUCAAUGAUUAUCGUCACAGUUGGCUAUGUGUUAACAAACGUGGCUUAUUUCACUACAAUCAGUGCUGGGGAAUUGCUGCUUUCAAAAGCUGUAGCAGUGACCUUUGCCGAACGGCUAAUGGGAAACUUUUCUUUAGCUGUACCAGUAUUUGUUGCUCUCUCCUGCUUUGGAUCUAUGAAUGGUGGUAUUUUUGCGGUCUCCAGGAUGUUCUUCGUUGCAUCCCGCGAGGGUCACCUUCCGGAAAUUCUCUCCAUGAUUCAUGUCCGCAAGCACACUCCUCUGCCAGCUGUCAUUGUUUUGCAUCCUCUCACAAUGAUAAUGUUAUUCAACGGGGAUCUCUACAGCCUCCUGAAUUUCCUCAGUUUUGCCAGGUGGCUUUUUAUUGGACUAGUAGUUGCUGGGUUGAUUUAUCUCAGAUAUAAACGUCCUGAUAUGCCUCGUCCUUUCAAGGUUCCUCUAUUUAUUCCAGCAUUGUUUUCCUUCACCUGUCUCUUCAUGGUUGCACUGUCACUUUACUCUGACCCAGUGAACACAGGGAUUGGAUUUGCAAUAACCCUGACUGGCAUUCCUGCCUACUACCUCUUUAUUGUAUGGGACAAGAAGCCAAAGUGGUUCAGAAAGCUCCUAGACAGGGUAACCAGAACAUUGCAAAUCCUCCUGGAAGUCAUCCCAUCAGAGGAAGACCAGAAAUUGUGAUCUUCAUGUACAGCUUUUGGCUUGCUGUUUCAUUUCAACCUGAAAUCAAGAGAGCAGGGAGAUUUAUCCCCCUUCUCAACAUCCUGCAAACUGGAGGAACAAGUCACAGUCGAGAUGGAAACCGAGCAAGUCACUUACCAGAACUGUAUUUUACAAUGCUUUUGCAAAAUAUUUUUUAAUGUGGUUGGUUUAUAUGUAGAAAGCAAGAACUUGUGUUAUGAGGGAACUCGUCUCUUCAAUAGUUCUUUUGUUACAGAGUCCUAUUUUAACAAGCUGUAGGUUCGUCAGGCUAGGAUUUUCGUUGCCUUGUCACUGAAAACAGGUUUAAGUGAUGUGUAAGUAGUAGUGGGGUCUUCUGUGAAGAAUGUGUCCUGCUUGCUGUCCCUGGAGUUCCCAGCUCUCACCAGAGAAAGGGUGAGAGAAACCUGCUGAGUUUCACAUAAUAUGUUCUUCCUGUCAAACUGUUUGGCAGCCUGAUUUGACUUCUCUUGUCUUGCUGGAAGCCCCAGCACACUGAUGAUGAAGCACAGCGGUUUUCACACCUUUGUGGUGGCAAGUUCAAGAUUUCUUCAUUCCAGAGCUCUUAUACUAUGGCUGACAGGAACAUCUUUUGAGACUUAAUAUUUCUGCCAGUGGGGCAGGAAGAUUUUAGCAUGGGAACAGUAAAUUUAUGCGUGUUUAAGUUUUUCCCAGUCUGGAGAUGAUUACUGGUUUUACCAGUGUUUCUUUGUGUACAUGUACACAGGAAAUCCAGCAACUUGAGUAAUAACCUUCAAAACAGUCAAAACAUUUGAAUGUGAUCUCUGUUGCUGUAUGAAUAUUUCCUAUCUGGAAGCGUAGGGUCCUGCAGUUAUCAGUCAGGCAAACCCAAUUUAAAAGUUUUAUAUCAGUGUUGGUAGGCAGAAAUAGAUGUCACUGGUGGGAACUUGGUAUAGACAUGGCCAUAAAUGCAGUGCCUUUUUAUGAAUAAGGUAUAAGGCAAGCUACAGCACAUUUGUUGAUCUGAGUAGGAUAUGCGCCUGAUCUGUGGGCUUUUCACUCAAGCACACUCCAGUUAACUGGGCUUUGGAACACUGAGGAACAGGUGCUCU